AUGCCUAACUUCAUCAUCGCCAUUAUCAGCGCUCUGGCAAUACAAACAUACGCAGCAUGCACGCGCGAAGUCCUCAAAGCAGUGACUGAUGAGCUCUUCGCUGCCCAAACCGCCGGGCAGACGAAUUUUAGCUCUCUGUCAAGUACCGUCGCAUAUACGGAGAACCGCAAGAGUGUUGAUAUCAAGACCAGCAUCAUCUCCAAAUCCAUGAAAAUUGAUCAUGCUCGAUCCCAACACGACACCACUCAAUGUGCCGCCUUCAGCGAAUUCAUUGUCACCGAUACCGCUGCACCCUAUGUGAUCGCAACGCAACUACGACUUGACAACUCCACCAAAGUCACGCAAAUCGACACAAUCUGGACGAGCAAGGGAGACUGGCUCUUCAACGUCACGGGAACAUACUAUUGGGCUACUCACGAGAAAUGGGACGCCAUCCCUACUGAGAAACGUGACUCCCGUGCUGUCAUCAAAGCAGCAGGAGACGCUUACGCCGACCUGUUCAACAACAAAAGCGUCAAGGUACCAUGGGGCUCGCCAUGCGCGCGUCUGGAAGGCGGUGCGUAUACGGGUAAGGGUGAGGCGACGGACAGGUGUGAUGUUGGUGUGCCUAGUGGCGUGCUGCUGGUUAAUAGGCAAUAUGUUAUUGACGAGGAGUAUGGCACUGUUGAUAUCAUCAUGGAUUUUGGAGGCAUUCAAGGUCAGGUUGGGGCUGAUGGAUUGCCGGACAGUCACGAGUUUAGGGUUGAGGGAGGGAAGUUGAGAUACGUGCAUACGCUAUCGAGUUGUGGGGGCAAGGCGUGUAUGUAG